UAUACUGUGCUUUGCACUCAGCAAUCUGCACAGUGGCUGGAUCACACCUUGAGAAGAACUGGCGCCUGCUAUUAUUAUAAUAACGAUCUUUCUUUUGCAGAAUUUAUUUUAGUUAAAUUUUAAUUAUUUCUUUUUUUUAUUGAAAUAUGAAUGAAAUAGAAAAUUUACGACAAAGAGUCAUAGAGCUCGAAAACGAGCUGCAAGAAAAGAAAGAUAAAAAUGUGACAUUAACAACAAGGGGAAGGAUUGAACAUAUGUCAGAUGAAGUAGUGGAUUCGAAUCCAUAUAGCCGAUUGAUGGCAUUGAAGCGUAUGGGUAUCAUUGAAAAUUAUGAAAAAAUACGAGAAUUAACGAUAGCUAUAGUUGGAAUUGGUGGUGUUGGUAGUGUAACAGCAGAAAUGUUGACAAGAUGCGGUAUUGGAAAGUUAAUACUGUUUGAUUAUGAUAGUGUAGAACUUGCAAAUAUGAAUAGGUUAUUUUUUCAACCAUAUCAAACAGGCCAGAGUAAAGUAGAGGCUGCAGCAAAUACUUUGCUUUACAUAAAUCCUGAUGUGGAAAUUGAAAUACACAACUAUAAUAUUACGACUGUUAAUCAUUUUCAAAAUUUUAUGAAUACAAUAAGUAACUCUAGUUUGAAAAAUGGUCCAGUCGAUUUAGUACUGAGUUGUGUCGAUAAUUUUGAAGCUCGCAUGGCAAUAAAUACUGCUUGUAAUGAACUUAAUCAGAAAUGGUUUGAAAGUGGCGUAUCUGAAAACGCAGUAUCUGGUCACAUUCAAUUUAUUGUACCUGGUGAAACAGCUUGUUUUGCAUGUGCUCCACCUUUGAUUGUAGCAUCUAGCAUUGAUGAGAAAACUUUGAAACGUGAAGGAGUAUGUGCUGCGUCAUUACCUACUACGAUGGGUAUCGUAGCAGGCUUUUUGGUGCAGAAUACUUUAAAGUUUUUAUUAAAAUUUGGCAAAAUAUCUCAUUAUUUAGGUUACAAUGCUAUGGAAGAUUUCUUUCCUACUAUGACUUUGCGACCAAAUCCAAAUUGUGAUGAUAAAUAUUGUAAACAAAGGCAAAAAGAAUAUUUGGCAAAGCCAAAAAUCCAACAGAACCAAACUGCUAUUAUUGAGAAACCUGUACAUGAAGAUAAUGAAUGGGGAAUUUGCUUGGUCGAUGAACGAAGUGAUCAUUCCGAUGAAAAAGCAAGCAUAUUGUCAGCUUCAGGUGUGCGACAUGCAUAUACUGUACCAACGCCUACCUAUGCAACCAAUUCAGAAGAACAAACUAUUCCUGAAUCUACAGGAUUAAGUUUAGAAGAAUUAAUGGCGGAGAUGAAAUCAAUUUGAAGAUAAUUCAAUGCAGACAUUUAAAAAAUGUAAACUUCUUUUAUAUUUGCACAAUAUAUCCUUUUUGUCAUAGA